GGAGGGAAAAAAGAAAAAACCGUAAAAAACCAGACAGAACAGAGAGACAGAGAGAGCGCUUAACUAGGCCCUCCAUGGAAUUCGUAGACCAAAGUCUUCUCUAAAUUUAAUAAACCAACCAAUCACCUUUCCCAUUUCAGGCUUCCAAAACCUCUCUACUCUCUCUUCCCUUUUGGUUCUGUCCACCUGGAAUCAAGAAUCGCAUUCCCUUCUCUUUCUUUUGCACAUCACCAUCCCAACCAUGACAUAAGACAAACAUUUAGUGGGAAUAGUGGCAACGUUUGUUAACAUUGCAAUAAACAAAAGCUUCUUUGCCUACGUUCCUGUUCAUACCUUUACCAACUGUUUCAUCAGCACAAGAGAGAACAAAACCAACCCUCAACUGAUAUAUUUUCAAAUAAUAAGCAGACUCGAAUCAAAUUGUUGCUGCCCUUUUGAAUCGUUUCUGAUUUGGGUAACGCUCCCUUCAAUAAAUAAUGGAGGAUGAUGAAGAAGAGGACUCAUAAUCAUUUUUUGUGGGUUAAUGAGUUCGGUUUCAAUUAGAGGUCUUGAAUGAUAAUGGCUGUAAAGACCAGGGAUAUAAAGCCUCUUCUAGUGAAAUUUGGGGUGGCCUUGGCUCUCUCUUUUGCUGGAUUUCUGUAUUCUCGUCUCAGAAUGAGAAGGAUCAAGCCCUCUCAACCUCCUCCACGCUCUUCGGAUAAAGAAAAUGAAGUUGAUUUGGAAGUGAGACCUCAGCAGAAGGAUGUCCUAAAUAUUGCCACCAGGAAACCACACAGUUCUCCCAAGGCUAGGAUUUCAUCAGGAAAAUAUGAAGACACAUACAUGCCGAAGGUCAGUGUUGAUGAUUGUACAUCCAGUAUUUCUCCAAGAAGUAAACAUAUUGGGGUUAAAGAUAGUUUACUCUUGCCAGAGUUCAAUGAUCUUGUGAAGGAAUUUGACUUUGCUGCCGCUAAGUCUGGAUUUUCUCCAAUGAAUAAUGGUGAAACUCCUAGGUCAGAUGUGGAGACUCCAAAGGCAUUUAGAACUUUAGAAAAUGAUGAUUAUGAGCUAGAAAUCAGUCACCUCAGGGACAUGAUUAGAAAGCUUCGAGAGAGGGAGCGGCAUCUUGAGGUCCAGUUGCUAGAGUAUUAUGGCCUUAAAGAGCAGGAGACUGCUGUUAUGGAGCUUGAAAAUCGGUUAAAGAUAAGCAGUAUGGAGGCAAAACUUUUCAGUCUCAAGAUCGAGUCCUUACAGGCAGAGAACCGUAGACUAGAGGGUCAAGCUUCUGAUCAUGCAAAAGUGGUGGCUGAGCUUGAGGCUGCAAAGGCAAAAGUUCGGACACUUAAAAAGAAACUCAGAUCCGAAGCUGAACAAAAUAGAGAACAGAUCCUAAGUCUGAAGAGAAGAGUUGAAAAUUUGCAAGACAAUGAAGCUGCGGCCUUUAAUUCAGAGAUUCAAUUGAAGCUGAGAAGGCUAAAAGUUUUGGAGGGUGAAACAGAAGAGUUGACAGCAUCUAAUUUGAAAUUGCAACUACAGAAUUCUGACUUGGCUCGGAGGUUGGAAUCUGCACAAGUCCUAGCGAAUUCUAUUUUGGAAGAUCCAGGGGCAGAAGCAUUGAAAGAAGAGAGGGAGCGCUUAAGACAAGAAAAUGAAGAGUUGAGAAAGGAAAUUGAGCAACUCUGUGUUGAUCGAAGUUCUGACGUUGAAGAAUUAGUUUACCUCAGGUGGAUAAAUGCUUGCUUACGUUAUGAGUUGCGGAAUUUUCAGCCCCCAAAUGGUAAAACUGUGGCAAGGGACUUGAGUAAAUCACUAAGCCAUGAAUCUGAAGAGAAAGCCAAGCAGCUAAUACUUGAAUAUGCAAACACUGAAGGGAUAGGGGAUAAGGGGAGUCACAUUGAUUUUGAAUCUGAUAGAUGGACAUCCCCAACUUCCCUUCUUACAGACUCGGGAGAGUAUGAUGACUUUUCUGCUGAUCAUUCAUCUGCUACAAAAACCCAUACCUCGAGUAAGCAUAAGUUGUUCAGCAAGCUUAGAAGGAUUAUACGGGGAAAAGAUACCCACCAUGAUCACAAUCUUUCAGAAGAUAACUGUUCUGGAUAUGCCAGUUCAAGUAAAUCAGUAGCAGCUUAUGGUGGACAUGAAUCUCAUAGUUCUUCUCGAGCUUCGUUAGAUCUUCCCACAGUUCCCAGAUGGAGGAGUCCAAAGGAACAUGAUUCUAAGGAUUCACACAGUGUUCAGAGACAUAGUGAUGUGGGAGUCUUCCCAGUUUAUAAAAGAUUUAUCUUGGGUGGGGAAGGUUCUAGUGAUUCCCCUCCAAAAGAUCGAUCUGAUCAUGACUCGGAUUCUGCAGAGAAAUCUGAGUUGGCAAAAUAUGCAGAAGCUUUGAAGACCUCUCGCGGUGGGACUCCAGCUCUCAAACCCAAUGUACAUAGAAAAUCAUCAUCAGCAUCUUAGUUUGAUUGGAUUUAUAUAAAUACGUAUCUGCUCACUGCAUCAUCCAUUUACAUAACACCAGUGAGUCUUAUAGUUGAGAAAUUAACACAUACAGCUUACCAUAAUUUCAUUAGAAGCUAGUUAGAAUCUAAUUUAGCAGUAUACAAAACUUCCAUUUUGUUUUGUGUUUGUGUAUGUAAUUACAUCACACCAGUUUGGCUUUUGAACCAUAGUUGAAAUAGUUCAUAAUUUCAUAUACUGUCUUUGCAAUUACCAUUCUUCUGGUGUCUGCCUGAUUUAAGAACUGUUGAAAACUUUUGGUCCUCCUAAUUGUGUUUCUGACUUAAUGGCAAGGAACAAUGCAUCAGGAACCAAAGGAGUUUCUAAGUUUGAUUUCACAUCAACUCAUCACAGCAUCAUUGUUCUU